GGGGGUAUCAGGGACCCAGGCAUUGUGCCUAUCCCCCGUGCCAUGUGGGAACUGCGGUCAGCCUCCUUCUGGAGGGCCAUAUCUGCUGAGUUCUUUGCCACCCUCUUCUAUGUCUUCUUCGGGCUAGGGGCCUCACUGCGUUGGGCCCCUGGACCACUGCAUAUCUUGCAGGUGGCUUUGGCCUUUGGCCUGGCCCUGGCUACACUGGUGCAGGCUGUGGGCCACAUCAGUGGAGCCCAUGUCAAUCCUGCAGUCACUUUCGCCUUCCUUGUGGGCUCCCAGAUGUCCCUGCUCCGUGCCUUCUGCUACAUGGCAGCCCAACUCCUGGGAGCCGUGGCUGGGGCUGCCGUGCUGUACAGUGUUACCCCGACUGCCGUCCGAGGAAACCUAGCACUUAACACGUUGCACCCUGGGGUGAGUGUGGGCCAGGCCACCAUAGUGGAGAUCUUCCUGACGCUCCAGUUCGUGCUCUGCAUCUUUGCCACAUACGACGAGAGGCGGAAUGGCCGCCUGGGCUCCGUGGCCCUGGCCGUUGGCUUCUCCCUCACCCUGGGGCACCUCUUUGGGAUGUAUUAUACUGGUGCAGGCAUGAACCCUGCCCGCUCCUUUGCUCCUGCCAUUCUUACCAGAAACUUCACCAACCACUGGGUGUACUGGGUGGGCCCAAUCAUUGGAGCAGGCCUGGGCAGUCUCCUUUAUGACUUUCUCCUCUUCCCCCGGCUCAAGAGUGUUUCUGAGAGACUGUCUAUUCUCAAGGGUGCCAGGCCCAGUGACUCCAAUGGACAACCAGAGGGCACAGGGGAACCUGUUGAACUGAAGACCCAGGCCCUGUAAAAGCUCCAGCUGAAUAGAGGGAAUAGGAAGCUUCUGGGUUUACAUGGAGGGGCUGAGCCAGUCCCUGGAUAAAGAAAGAGACUGUGGGGAGGGGCAUGUACUUCUUUAUUUUUAAAUUUAUGUGUGUGUUUUAUUUUUUUGCCUUUUGCCGUGUGAAAUCUUUCAAGUUGCAUUC